UGUGCAAAGAAGCAGGACGUCCUGCAGAGUGUUCCUCAUUUAAACUGUCUGUUUGCAGAAGAUGAUCCUUUUUCUGUCAUUGUGCCUGCUCUGCUUGAUGAAUUCUACUGGCUACAGUCAACUCCAGGGUCCUCCUGGACCCAAAGGUGAAAGAGGAGAUAGAGGAGAUAUGGGGCCUCCUGGGAUAAGCCCCAAAGGUGAAAGAGGUCUUCCUGGUCCAAGAGGAAUCCCAGGUCCACCAGGUCCACCAGGAGCUCGUGGAGCCCCAGGAAGAACUGGGGAACCUGGGAGACCAGCUACAUGUGACGCAGGUCCCUCCAGUUCCAUUAUGAAGGAGCUUGAAACCUUCAAGACAAAUGUUGCAAAGUUAGAGCGGGCUAUAAACUAUGACUAUGUCCAAAGAGUUGGUGAGAAAUACUUUGUGUCAUAUAAGGACAGAGGUUCUUUCUCCAUGGCUGUUGAGUUCUGUUCUCAGCGAGGCUUAGAGCUGGCUUUGCCCCAAAAUACAGAGGAAAACGACCGACUCUCUCAUUUCUUUGGCUCUGAUGACAACACGGUGAUGUGGAUAAACAUCAACAAUAAAAAAGGGAAUUUUGAGGUGGAUAUGGAAAAUCGACCUCUGAAGUUUGACAAAUGGGCAGUAGGGCAGCCGGACAGAUCAGUCCAGGAUACCGGCUGCACCAUGCUGACAGAGAGUGGCUUCUGGAGAGUCACACACGACUGUUUUCAGCAUGUUUAUAUUAUCUGCCAGUUAUAGAAACCAGUGAAUGCUUGCAAAAGCAUUUUUUUAAAAUUAUGUAUACCAAUGUUUAGUAGUUCAGCAUCUGUACCCCACUUGUAUUCUCAUCCAUCAAAAUGUAAGCCAUGACAUUGUUAAUGAUAUCCAACUGUACAGUG